AUGACCCCGAACGGCAAGGACCGCCGCAGGAAGGAGGCGGUGGUGAAGAUGCAGCGCCACUGGUCUGCCUUUCGCGCGUGGUGCCUGGACCGCUAUGCUCGAUCGUGGACGCCGCGGGACGUGGAGGGCCUGCAGCCCGAUCCGCCGACCGCGGCCCCGAGCGCGGCGGACGCACUGGACGCCGCCCUCGGCGCGGCACCCGUGGCCAAGCGCCUCCGGAUGGCGAAGCUCACGGGGCCCGCGGCCGCCCUGGAGCGGAGCCUCUGCGCGGUCACGUUCCGCACCGUGCCCAACUUCGACACGGACGUGGUGGUCGAGCCGGACGAGGAGGAGAACGACGUCCUGUGUCGGCGGGGGACGGGGAUCGUCAUCGACGCAAAGGGCGGCGCGGUCCUGACCGAUCGCGCCAGCGUGCCGCAGCCCCUCGGGGACAUCGAGGUCUCCAUGGGUGACGUCUCGCGUGCCGCCACGGUGACCUACGUGCACCCGCAGCACAGCCUGGUGCUGCUCCGCCUGGACGGGUACCCGGCGGAGGACGCAGAGCCGUUCGGCGUGGACGCCAUCUUCGAGGACAAGCGCCUGGAGGCCGGGGACGAGGUGGAUUUCGUGGGCAUCAACGCGCGCGGCCAGCGCUUCGCCAGCAAGACCACGGUGCAGGAUGUGCGCUUGGGCGAGUUCCCGCAGCACUCACCGCCGCGGUGGCGUGAACACAACCUGGAGGCGGUGUACCUCGCGGGUGAUGCGCCUGGGACGAGCAGCGGUGUGAUUUGCGACGGGGAGGGCAAGGUGCACGGCCUAUGCACGGUCUCCGUGUCUGUGGACGACAACCGGGCGGCCCGGACGAGCUACUGCGUGCCGACCUACGCCCUGCUGCACAUCCUGGAGUGGACCCGUGGCGCGAUGAGCACGAUGUGUGCGGCGCCGUCUCUGGGGCUGGAGCUGCGGGCCAUGGAGCUGCAGCGGCUGCGGCGGCUCCCUGCGCGCACCAGGCCGACGGCCGAGUGGCUGGCGCGUCUCGCCGCAAUAGGGGAGACCGCGCUCCAGGUCGCAGGCGUCGAGGCGCCCAAGUGCGCGACGGGUGCGACUGCCUCCGCCAUCUCCGAGAACGACAUCCUGGUGGCCAUCGACGGCGAGGUGGUCUCCACCGCCCAGGGCGCCCAGGCGAGACUGCAGGAGGCGCUGGCCACGUUCCAGGCCAAGGGCAAGGAGGGCAGCGCCACGGUGAAGGUCACGGUGCUCACCAAGGGCAAGCCGCGCCAGGUGGAGAGGGAGCUGGAGCUGCCAGGCAGCGACGGCGCGCGCAGGCUGAUGUGCUGGCACGGGCUGGUGCUGCAGGACACGCCGCGGUCGGUGCGGCUGAUGACUGCGGCGCCCAGCGGCGUCUACAUCUCGCGCACGAUGCUCGGCUCUCCCGCCGAAGCUGGCGGCAUCGAGGGGGACUUCGUGAUUGCGGUGGACGGCGCGCCCACGCCCACCCUGGACGCCCUACUUGAGCUGGACAGGCGCGAGCCUGUGCUGUCCAAUCCCACGCCCUCGCGCGCCUGCGGCGGAGACCGGCGGCAUCUGCGCCUGGAGACGGUGGACCUGGCCGGCCGCCACAACGUCGCGUCCCUGGAGCCGGACGCGGUGUUCUGGCCCACCUCGGAGCUCGUGCAGGGCGCCCAGGGCGGCGCCUGGUCGUACUCCGAGCCCUCGCGCGGCCCAGCGCGGCGGGCCGCGCCGUAG